CUUUGCCAUCUGCCCUCUAUGCGUGCCUACUACUUCGACAAUCUUCCCGGCGACCAGCGGCUCCCGCAUGACCUGCAGCCAUACCGCCCCGUCGAGCCCCCGGAGUUGGCGAAUAUGAAGGUUUUGACGUGGCACAUCCCCAUUGCUGGCUAUGAGGACAAGCUGGAAGCCAUUGCGCGAGACCGAGGGUACAAGAACAGAGAUACCAUCGAUGUGUCGCGGGAGGGCAUGGGCGACGUCUACGAGGCCAAAAUCAAAGGCUUCUUUGAAGAGCACAUGCAUGAAGACGAGGAGAUUCGCUACAUUCUGAGCGGCAGCGGCUUUUUCGAUGUCCGGGAGACACCGUCGGACGCGUGGAUCCGUAUUGCGGUGGGGGCUGGCGACCUGCUUGUACUGCCCGCGGGAAUCUACCACCGCUUCACCCUCGACGAGCAGGACCGGAUCAAGGCGCUGCGGCUUUUCCAGGACGAGCCAAAGUGGAUUCCUCAUGCAAGAAGCGCGGCGACGGAUUCUAACGAGCAUCGUGUGGAGUACUUAUGCACUAUUGGUGUCGGAGCAUGA